AUGUCCAUCAAGCUCCGUGAGCUAAUCCGGAGCAUCCGCGCAUGCAAGACUGCAGCGGAGGAACGGGCGGUCAUAGCGCGAGAAUGUGCAUUGAUUCGAACAGCCUUCAAGGAGGAUGACAACCAGUUCAGACAUCGAAAUGUUGCAAAACUGCUCUUCAUUCAUAUGAUGGGCUAUCCGACCCACUUCGGUCAGAUGGAGUGCUUGAAGCUAAUUGCAUCAAGCAAGUUCCCCGAAAAGCGGGUGGGAUAUCUCGGUCUGACACAGUUAUUGGAUGAGAACACGGAGGUUCUCAUGCUAGUGACCAACUCAAUCAAGAAUGACAUGAGCAGCGACAAUCAGUACGUCACAGGCUUGGCGCUUUGCGCCUUGGGCAACAUUGGCAGCAAUGAGAUGUGCAGAGCCUUAGCCAGAGAGGUGGAGCAGAUGAUGACUUCUUCGAAUCCAUACCUCAGGAAGAAGGCCGCUCUAUGCGCCAUGCGAAUCAUCCGAAAAGUGGAUGAGAUUGAAGACAAAUUCAACGGCAAGAUCGGGAACCUGUUAGAGGACCGCAACCAUGGAGUGCUUCUAGCAGGCUGCUCCUUGCUGACGGCCCUGCUCGAGGUGAACCCAUCUUACGUCAAAGAGUUCCGGCGCUACAUCCCUUCCUUAGUGCGAGCCCUUCGAAACAUGGUGACCUCAGGCUACUCAAACGCAGCUGAGUAUGACAUUGCAGGUAUCACCGACCCCUUUUUGCAGGCCAAGAUCUUGCGACUCUUGCGCAUUUUGGGGGAGCGAAGUGUGGAUGCAAGCGAUGAGAUGAACGACAUCUUGGCUCAGGUUGCCACCAACACGGAGGGCACAAAGAACACAGGAAAUGCAAUUCUGUACGAAUGCGUCCUGACCAUCAUGUCUAUCGAGGCUGAGAGUGGCUUGCGAGUCCUGGGCAUCAACAUCUUAGGGCGUUUCCUGUUGAGUCGUGACAACAACAUUCGCUACGUGGCGUUGGCAACCCUCCAGCGUGUGGUGAAUGUAGACCAGCAGGUUAUGCAGCGACACCGCAACACCAUCAUUGAUUGCCUUAAGGAUCCGGACAUCUCCAUCAGAAAGAGGGCGUUGGACGUCACCUAUUCCUUGGUGGACGAGUCCAACAUCAAGAGCAUGACCAAGGAGCUGCUCAAUUACCUUCUCGUCGCAGAGCCCGACUUCAAAGAAGAGCUCUGUAGCCGGGUGUGCUUGGCCGUGGAGAAAUUCUCGCCCAACCGCAGGUGGCAGAUUGACACGCUCAUCAAGGUGAUGUGCUUGGGUGGCAACUUCGUAAAGGAGCAGCAGCGCGAGAAAUUCUGCCGAGUGGUAGCUGCAACGCCCGAGCUGCACUCCUACACGGUGAUCAAGCUAUACUUCAAUAUGAAGGAGAGCUUGACCCAAGAAGCCCUUGUGCACGUGGGAGUUUGGUGCCUCGGUGAGUUCGGAGAUCACUUGGUGUCUGGCAGAGCGGUCGGACCUGACAACCAGCCCAUUCGGGUUACUCCCGGUGAUGUGUUGGACCUGCUGCACGACGUGGUGAGGAAGCCGCCUACGGCUGAUAAGGCUGCGGCAACUCACU